CAAAGUCAAUAUGGGCUAUAUCAUAAACAUUCAUGAAAACAAACAUUUGCUUUUUGGUCUUAAUUUAAUGCUAGGACUAUGCAUACGGUUAGCUAAGUUGUCAAGGUUAAGGUUUAAGAUUUUAAUAAGAUCAAUUGUAGAAAUAGGCGGGGUUUAGUCAUAGUUAUGACUUUGUGGUUGUGGUAACAAAGGACGAACCCGUCUUUUCGCCUCAGUUUUCAAGGUAGAGAGACUGGCACCGUGUACAUCAAGCCAUUCGGUGAUAUCACUGAGAGGUCACAGUUUUACAGCUCUCUGCAAUUAUAUAGUGAACACAGCUGGUGGAUAUUGAACCAAGGUGGUCUCAUAGUAAACUCAAGGAUGUCUGGAGAUCUGUCCCUGGACAUUAACAUCAAGGAGCCGCGAUGGGAUCAGAGCACAUUCAUGGGCCGCGCCCAGCACUUCUUUUUCGUCACCGACCCCAGGAACAUCCUCAAGUCCUCUAAGACACUGGAGGACGCACGGGUCACUGUGGAGAACUACAGGUUAGGAGUGGUGAGGCCAGGUCUGACAGAAGAUGAGCUGUGGAGAGCCAAGUACAUCUAUGACUCUGCCUUCCACCCUGACACGGGAGAGAAGAUGGUGGUGGUGGGACGCAUGUCUGCCCAGGUCCCCAUGAACAUGACCAUCACCGGCUGUAUGCUCACAUUCUACAGGACGACUCCAGCGGUGGUGUUCUGGCAGUGGGUGAACCAGUCCUUCAACGCUGUGGUCAACUACACCAACCGCAGUGGAGACGCUGCCCUCACCACCAAUCAGCUGGCUGCAGCGUACGUCAGUGCGACCACCGGAGCCGUAGUCACAGCCCUGGGACUCAAGUCUCUAGCCAAGCGCCUUCCAGCUGUCAUGAGCCGGUUCGUCCCCUUCUUUGCUGUAGCUGCUGCCAACUGUAUCAACAUCCCCUUCAUGAGGCAGAGGGAGCUGAAGUACGGCAUCCCAGUGACCGAUGAAAAUGGAAACCGGUUAGGGGAGUCAGUCACUGCUGCCAAGUCGGGCAUCAUUCAGGUGGUGGUGUCCAGGAUUGGCAUGGCCGUGCCAGCUAUGGCUAUCCCCCCUGUGAUCAUGAACGCCCUGGAGAAGAAAGCCUUUAUGAAGCGGUUCCCAGUCCUAAAUGCUCCAGUACAGGUGGGACUGGUGGGUCUGUGCCUGGUGUUUGCUACUCCUCUGUGCUGCGCCCUGUUCCCACAGAAGAGUUCUAUGACUGUGAGCAGCCUGGAGCCAGAUCUGCAGGAGAGGAUACGACAGAACAGUCCCCACACUACUACCGUCUUCUUCAACAAAGGCCUGUAGGACCACACACACCACAGACCAGCCCCCUCUGCUGGCUGGACCCUGCUAGUACAGCUCAGCGGGCAAAGAGAAUAUUAUAUUUAUGCUUAUUUUUGUAUUUACCCGUUUUGUUUACUAUGAUGCUUGUUAUAAGCUUUAGGAUUUGAUUAUGGUGAGGGGUGUGUCUGAACGGAUUGAAUAAGGGGGAGCCUACACGUCAGGUUUUUGUCAUCAUUGUAGAUGAAGAAGCCACUUCAGAGUAAUGAGAUGCACCUGAGGUGAGAGUAGCGUGACAGACAGACUAUGGUUUAAUUUGGGUUUAGUCUGGUGUAUUUGUCCUUCCUGGGGUUGUGGCUGUUUAGUUACUGGCUGCUGGAAAAUUGUCAUUGUGACAUUUACUUCCAUCACCACUAACUACAUACAUGUCACCUCUUGUAUUUGACCCCAGAGUUUUUUUUGUUCCCCCCCCCCAAAGUGUGUUUUGUUAUUUAUUGCCCUUGUGUUUGUACCCUUUUGAGCUGUGUGCACUGAAACCCAUUCAUGACUUAAAAUGAGAAAAUAGUCAAAUGUAUUCUGCUAGAUAUCCACUCCCUCAAAUUGCCUUAACUGUAGUCUAGUACAAGUAGUGAAGGAUAACAGUUGGUUUAUGAGCACAUUAGACUGACCUGUUAUUGAAUUGCUUUUUGGGUCCCAGGGUUUUGUUUUCUGUUGCAAAAUGUUUUGUUCCAGUGAGUGUGCCCCAAUGAACAGGACGAGCACCGUUUCUAUCUCCCUUGGAACACGCUGUCCCACCUCAACCGCUCUCAGCCUAGUGCACUGGGAACCCUGUGUGUUUGUUAUCAAGAAAACCUUUAGAGGUGCAAUGAUACUGCAUGAGCAUUCCUAAAUUAGAUUUCACUAAGCACAUCCCCAAUAGCACUGAUGACAAUAAGGCAGAAUAAAGGUUUCUAUAGGACAGGAUCAAAGGCUUAAUGUUUAAGCCUCAUAUCAAGGCCUCUUGAUUUGGAAACACUAUGGAUGAAUUUGGAUCGUGUCUGUGCAGUUUCAACGGAACUCAUGAAUGAUUGUUGGUGCCAUGUGUCACUAUUGCCAUUGAAGGGGAAUGUACUAGAUUGUCUAAAUGUUAAAGGAAUUGUAUCUAUGUUUUGUCCUAACCAGGCCUCCUGUCAGUUUGUGACGCUUAUUGUCUCUUUAGUCAUUCGUCUGUUACAGAGAAGAAGAGUUAACUUGCAGUGGUGACCUAGAUGUGUGGUGGGGCCAAUUUAUGCAAUAAGAGCCAAGGGAGUAAAUAUGAAUCAUCCCAGUCUGUUAGCUUUAGAUUAAUUGUGUUGUGGUGAUGUGUACCAAAUAUUGUUUUAUUGUCAUAAAACAGUUGUGAGAACCAGGGGUCUUAAACUAGAGGCCCGCUGACCAAAUGUGUCUCCCAAGCUGAUUUAAUGUGGCCCGUGGUUGUCUUUAGUAAAUACAGCCCAUGGUCAUGAAGGGACACAGUGAGAUUGACAUUUUCCACUUACCCAGAUUCUGAUUAACUCGUGGAUACCAGGUGUAUGUCUCUACAUGCAGUGUGAAGGAAGUUAGAUAUUCCUGCGGGCCAAGGCUAAUUAGUGUUAGCACAAUGAUUGAUAGUCUACAUGUACGCUAGCAUACGCUUAAUUGCUAGAAUUUGUCAGUGUCCCGUUAACCUUGUGUAAAAGGAAAUCAUUGAUUAGAUUGUAGGAAGGUUGGAAGAAAUGCUUGGAUCUUUAGUUCCUGUGUGGAAAAUCUGGGCUUAGUUAGAGCAUUCCUGAUCAAACCUGGGCUAUAAUACAGUAUAUUAAUGUUGAAUAUCCAGCUAGAUGUCAAGUGUAGUAAUAUGGUUGUUUAGUAGUCUAGACAAUUUCAUAGUACCGUAUCAACUAAGUAACUUUGUGGUGGAAAUAUACUAUGUACAACGGGUAUAUUUUUGCGGGAUUAAAAUAUAUUUAACAAAUAAAUGGUGGCGAGGUAUUAGAUUUAAAACUUCAGGGUGCACUGUUCCAUUUCUCCUCUGGGUGGCAACAUUUAUUCAGCUAGAAGUUAGAACAACUAUUACACAUUUGUGUUUGUCAGAGUUUGAAUAUAGUUGUCAAAACCACCCAUCAAUAUUGUCCCGGCUGACUUUAAUAUGGCUUCGCCAUGUAGCUUGGUCACCUUUUCCUCAGUAUUGCAUGUCUACCAAACCACUCUAGUUGGUAGUUCCCUCUGAAUGAAACCAGUGGAUAUUUAUGCAAUGAAGACAUGAAUCUCCUCCUCAGACUGAUAUGAAACUUGGUUGUUUUUUUUUUUUUUUAAUGCUUUUUUUUGGUAAUGUAUCUGCAUAGCCUGGUCCCAGUUCUGUUUGUGCGGUCUUGUUUAGGGUGACUGGCCAUAGGAUUUGGAUAACACACAUAUAUGGAACCAGGCUAGGCUCCUCAUACAUUUUAUUGCAAAUGUAUGUCUAUAGACGAUCAGAUGCACUGCAGCACAGCGUUAUGGCCAUACAGUAAACACUACUACAUUAUGCCAUGGCUUUCAACUGUAAAUACCAGGGUUGGAGUCAGUUCCUUCUCAAUCGACUGAAUUGAAACCCCAAUUCCAGUAGAUACUGGUUCAUCUGUACUGUACCUACGCACACAUAGUAAAUGGUUAUUCCACUAGUCACUAUUUGUGUCCAUAAUUGAAUAAAAUACCAUAUUUCAUGAGCAAGUUGGCACCAUUGUAAACUCAUUCACUCGCUAUAAAAGGAGGUACCCUCUUCAUUGUAUGUUUGGGCCUUGGGGGGGUGUGCAUCUUGUAGUCUGGCCUGGAAUUGGGUGCUGUGUAAUAACCAAUGUAAAGGGUGGGGGUACCACCUUUCUUUAAAAAAAAUAUAUAUAUGUAUUGGAAAUGUUUGUACUGUUUCUAUAAUGUGCAUGAUAUAAACCAAGUCACAAUUUACUAUGAGCUUAGAGUAAGUUAUCCAGCAGUAGCUAGCUUUAUUUUAUCGCCAUUUAGCUUUUCCCCAUUUAGUUGUUUUCUGAUCCUUUUGGUGGGGAGGGCAAGGAAUUGUGACUAGAACAAAUGAACCUAUAGCCCAGCAUGUGCUGACAGAAACAUGUAAGGCUUGGAAUUGAAGAAGUAGAAAAAGCAGUGGUCUUUAGCGUUUGUCAUCGGCUUAAGCUUUAUAUGACGAUCCUCUAUCAAGAUAUUUUCAUAUGAAAUAUCUCUAGGUUAGUUUAGGCACGUCAUGGAAUUUGGUCUUGGCAGCACAUUAAAGGCACAACACUGAAGACAAUCUAUGACGUCGCUACACUCCAUGAAUGUUUUCAUGUUAAUGUGUGUCCAUGUCCAGUACCCAUGUAGUAUUGGUGCUCCCUACAUGUUUUUCCCCUCCAUUUUGAGUUGGAAUAUGUUCUGUCACACCUGGACUAUGUAAGACAUUUACUAAGCUAUAAAAUAAAGUGAUUGAAAUGUGA